AUGUUUUCCUCACUUGGAGGAGAGGAAACCUCUCACCCGGAGGAAAGGAAUCCUUUUCCUCACUCGGAGAGGAAACGUUUGCCUGACCUGGAGGAGAGGAAAUGUUUACCUCACCUGGAGAGAGGGAAACGUUUUCCUCACUUGGAGGAGAGGAAACGUUUUCCUCACCUGGAGGAGAGGAAACGUUUCCUCACGUUGGAGGAGAGGAAAGCGGAAUUCCUAUUUCAUGGAGAAACAAGGAAAAUAUUUGAACUUGCAAUAUCAGAAAUGAUUCCCAGUAAGGGCCAUCCCAUUAAAGGACAGAAUUCGGCUCCUUAUGAUGACAGGAGACUGCGUACAAUUGCUGGAAGGGAAGUCUGUUGUGGCAUGGAAUUCUGGGUAGACAGACUGGAAGAUGAUGAUGGUGAAUUUCCAUUCACACCACACCCAACACCCACAACACACCCACACUCUCACCCCACCCACUCACUCCACCCCCUUCCUACUCCACACAACACAUACCACCCAACACCCUAUACACCACCCAAACCUACACCCCCCAUACCCAUACAACAUCCCGCCUCACACUCCACACCUAACACCCACCGCACCCUGAGCACCACCCCACCACAAAACACCAACAACACCCCACCUCACACUACCACACCUCCACCCCACACUCAAUGCCCCACUCCCCCACACUACACAACCCACAUAACUACACACCCCACACUCCAUAUUCCACUACCUCGCUCUAUCCCAAACAGCAAACCCCCACACCUAACACUACCUCACCCCACCCCACACCCCACACAACCUCACACACUCCCACACCACCACACAAUGCUUCACCUCAAACCCCUACCCCACACCCCCACCGCCACAAUACUCCACCACACAUUCCCACCUGACACUCCCACAACCCUUCACAACACCCCACACACCAUCCCCAAUCCACCCUUCACCCCUACACACCAACCGUCACCCCACACUCUCACCCGACCCCACACCCAAUCCCAAUCCCACCAUACACCUCAUCCACCCAUCCCACACUUGCCACUCCCCACCCAUGACUGCCAAAGGAGUUAG